CGUUACUUUUUUUUUUUUUUUCCUUGCUCACGAUUAAUAAAAACAAAUGCUGGUACACUCAACCUAAAGAAAUAACAACUGACCCAUACCACACUACAAAAAACAGCAACUAUAGCCUUUACCAAAAGUUUCACAUCUAGGAAACUCUAAUACAAAUAUAUUUCCCCGCUGUAUACCAACACAGACACAAUCCAGACGAAAACUGCCCUCUAAAGGAAACAACACCUCACUGAACUGGAAAGACACGUAAGCAACGCCACGCGCAUCUUAGAAUUUCCAUAACCUAUAUACCAACUACCUUCCAUAUCCAUCCUCCCAUCCUCCUUGUCCCCUUCCCCCCACCCAACAUAAUCAUACAUUAGCACCAUGACUGGCGCCAUCUACAUUUGUAUAAAACAAUUCAAUGCCCGUCUAGGCGACGAAUUAUCCCUAAAAGUGGGCGAUAAAGUCGAAGUCAUUGCCGAUGACAGCGAGUACAAUGACGGGUGGUAUAUGGGUAAAAACUUGUUGACCAACGAAGUCGGUUUGUAUCCCAACUCAUUCACACAAUUGCUAGUUCCAGAAGAAUCCGAAGGCGAGUUGUUGAGGAGUAGAAGUCGUAGCAGACAUGUCGGUGCUAGUACUGCAACCGCCGCUGCCGCCGCAUCUGGUCCACCUCCAACCGGCCUUGGAAUAAUCGGAGCAAACACCACCCCUACGAUAGCUGAACAUGACGACCACGAACCAAUCAUGGUUGAUGCCUUUGACAAACUCAACAUAAAUGCCAAGAUGAAUGCCAAUACCUCGCAUAAUAACCUCAAUAGUGAAAUAGACAAGGCCUUGAAGGAAAUUAAAGAUGGCCAUCCAUCUCCUGACAAUACCAUCCUCAGUAAGGAGUCAAUCACAUUUAGCACUUCGACAAGCAACCAUGACGAUGUAGGUAUUCUUGACCCAUCCCAGGCUAUAUCUUGGAGUCCCAAGGAGGUUGCCGUUCAUUUCAUGCGCAGAGGAUUUGACAGUGACAUUUCCAACAAGUUUGUGCAACAUAAAAUUACCGGUGACAUUUUGUUUCAACUUGAAUUGGCCCAUUUGAAAGAAUUGGAUAUCAAUUCAUUUGGUACCAGAUUCGAAGUCAAUAAGGAAAUUGAACGAUUGAAGGGGUUAAUCAAGAAGCCUAAGUUGGAGUCUAGAACUAAUUCCCAACUGACAUCAUCUACGCAUAAGGAUACCAAUUCAUUCUAUUCACCACCAUCGGCCGCCACUACCUUGAUUACCGAAGAACGCGCAGAUGAGUUUGCCAAGCCUAAACCGAUCAUUGAACAACAGCAAAACCAACACCAAGAACAACUUAUGCCAUCAGUCAUGUUAUCACCUCUGGAAACAACAUUCAAAAGCCACAAAAAGUCAAAAUCCCAAUCCUUGGAUGAUCUCACCAAACCACCUACCCCGGCUUAUACCCCAAGGAAAGCCCCUGAACCACCUACAAGUAAUGGCAACUCGCCCAUGGGUUCCACGUUUAGAUUUGGCGCAGGAAGUGAGGAUCUUCGAUCACCCUCGGGAAGCUAUAUGACUAGAACUGCUGCUAGUGAAAGACCUAGCUCGUCAUUGUAUGACAGUGGGAGUGCCUACCACAAGCGUAAUGAUUCGGUAAAGAGAACUACAUCGCCACACAAGAGGCAUUCGAGUUUGUUUUCAUUUUUAUCUAGUGAUGACGUUGGCAAGAAGAAGGAUGACCUUGCCAAUAUUCCUCCAUUGAAUGUUGAAGAUAAGCGAGCAGCUACUCCUGCCACUGGAGGCACUGCCGGCACCGCCGGUACUGAUGCCACUGAUAAAUCAUCAUCAUCACCAGUGGAUAUAGAUGACGCUUCGCUUUCACCUAAACGUAAAAAGGUACUUCCUCGAAUCAAAACCAAGGAUUUGUUUAGCAAUAACGGCAACAAUACUGAUUCCAGCGACGAACCAAAAUCAGACCCGACUUCAUUAUCGAAUGCCAUGCCUAGCACGUCCCGUCUUAAGAGUUUUAGAAGCAGUUCUACGCAAAAUUUCCGUAACUUAACCACAAGUAAGAAACUGAAGACCAGUGCGUUCCAGGAAGGAAUUCGUGAGAUUAACCCUGAGGAAGCAAUCAAGACUGCCAAUUUCAGUGGAUGGAUGUCGAAACGUAGUGGUAAUACGCUUGCUUGGAGACUGAGGUUUUUCACCCUUCAUGGCACGCGAUUAUCGUACUUUACGUCAUUGAAGGAUAAUAAGGAGAAGGGGUUAAUUGACAUAACGGCCCAUAAAGUGUUGCCGAUAAGUACUGAUUCUGAUUCAGACAAGUAUAAAGCGUUGAUUGCCAGUUCCACCCUCGCUGGUAGUUACUGUUUCAAGGUUGUGCCCCCAGCACCUGGGUUCAAGAAGGGAUUAACUUUUACACAACCUAAAACACAUUAUUUUGCUGUGAAUACCGAAGAAGAGAUGCGUGGCUGGAUGAAGGCGUUGAUGACGGCCACCAUUGAUAUUGAUGACUCGGUUCCUGUUGUUAGUUCAUGUCUGACACCAACAGUCAGUUUAGGCAAGGCCCAAGAAUUGCUUGCUAAAGCGAGAGAAGAAACCAAAUUAAAGGAUGAAGAGUUACGAGCACAGGGGUAUAUUCGAGUUCAUGAUGAUUUUGAGGAUUCUGUUGAUAGCACCAGCAGUAGUAUUAACGGUACUACCGGCACCAUCAAGCGACAACAAAAGCAUUCUCUGGACAUGAAUCGAUCAAUGACUACACCAACUACCCCUCGUGCCACCAGUGGAACCGGGUUCAGUUCCCCAUACAUGUUGGCUGGUGGAGUGAUAUCGCUGUCUAAACCACACACGCCAGUUCACGGCGGGCCACAAGCUAAUUCUACACCACCAUUGGGGAAUGGGCCCAUGAUGACGACACCAGGAAGCGGCAAGAAGGAGAAGUUGUUGGCGUAUUCCAGUGACAUGCUGGGAAACCAUACUUUUGUGAUUAAGAAUAAGAAGUAGUGUAAAAUAGUUUGCUAGGACGAUUUGCUUUUUUUGGUAAAAUAAAACGACUGAGAUGUAUAGUAUUAAUAUAUGUAAUAAUUAG